AUAUUUUGCUACAUUUUCAUAUGGCUCCUAGCCUUUAGAUGAACUGAACUAGGUUUACUCCAUGGAAAUGGAGAGGAAAGUCAUGGCAAGAGGAGACAGACUCAGCGAUUUGCCCGACUCAAUUCUACUCCAUAUUCUCUCUAUGUUGUGGUGGGACAGUAAAGAAGUUGUGAGAACCAGCGUAUUAUCUCAGCGAUGGCGGUUUCUGUGGAAGUCCGUGCCAGUAUCUCUCGAUUUUGAGUCCCCCAAUAGCUACGGCGAAAAGGAUUUCAUAGCUUCCACCAAUAGAGAGCUCUAUUAUUGGAGGUCUUGCCAGAAAAUCAGAAGCUUCAGGGGCUCACUCUUUAGGUACGACAAUAGUUAUGUUAAAGAUAUUGAUUUAUGGGUACAUUUUGCAACUAAAGUUGCUAAUGUUGAAGAAUUUACACUUCUAUUUGUUUCGGACAAUCACCCAAAAUAUGAGCUUCCUAAUUUUGCUUAUAAGAAUACGUUGUUGAGGAGUUUGAUUUUAAUCAACUGUGAACUGAAACCUUCUGGUAGUGUUAACUGGAGUAGUCUCGAAUUUCUUUCAAUCGCGUCCCUGAACUUGACGGAUAAUAUGUUGGAGAAGAUAUUAUCAGGUUGCCCUAACUUGGAGCACUUGGAACUGGAUUGUGUUUUGGGCAUUAGUCGUUUGGAAAUCAGCUCUGUGAAGCUGACAUAUUUGAGCCUUAAAGAUUACCAAAAUAAGAAUCCCGACUUUUCUCCCCUCGAAAUAUUAGCCCCCCAUAUUAAAUAUUUUGAACUUUUGGGGUUCUGUGAUGAGAUACGCUUGAGAAAUGUGGCUUCACUUGUCAGUUCAAUAUUGUGUUCAAGUUUUGGCUAUAUAGUAGAUGAAGAACGCAACUCGGAGGCGGAGAAUGGCUAUUUGAAGGAACUUCUUCAUAGUGUUGCCCAUGUCGAGGAUCUUGAGUUGGGUCCCUGGGGCAUCGAGUGCCUUUCCAUACUGGAGUUGAAAGGCUGGCAAUCUCCACCAUCAAGCCGGAAAUAUUUAAAACUUGACACAGCCUUAGAACAAUCGGACUUCCUUGGAAUUUGCAGCUUUCUACAGAGUUCGCCGGAUCUUGAGACGUUGGUCAUUGAAUGGUAUAAUAAAAAACGAAGAGACAUGCUGUCAAGGUACACAAAUGAGGAUGAACACAUUAAGAGGUUCAAGACACAUAAUUAUAACUGCUCUUUGCUACAUUUGAAGACCAUCAAGAUCAUUGACUAUGAUGGACCACUAAGUGGAAAUAAGUCUGUACUACCAUUGGUAGAAUAUUUGCUCAAGAAUGCAACAACCCUAGAAAAGUUCGUCAUUGCUGCCAAAUUCGACGGAGUGAUGUGUCUCAGGAUUAUGUUAAAAUGGCACAGGAGUUCCAAAGCUUUCCAAGAUCCUCUCCGCAUGCUGAGUUGUCUUUUCGUAUUGACAAUCUUUGAUUCCUAUUAUCUGUAUUGAUUCCAACAUACCUGACACCUGUUACUUUAUGUUUGGAACUGGUUUUUAGUUGAUAGACAAGUCUAGGAUUGUACUUGUUAGUAUCCAGGGACUUGUUUGUAGUUCUUCAUGUCUAAGUAACAAUGUGUUUAUUCCGUGAUCAUCAUUUAAGAAGCUUGCCCUAAAUGUUUUGUGAUUUC